AUGUCGGACCAAGAGAUUUCCACAUUGACCUUUGAGCACGUCGUUGGCGUCUUGCGGGUGCUCCGAGGCAAGAUCAAGGAAUCCGAGAUGCCUCAGACGUUCCCAGCUGGAGACGGUCGAGCCCGCCUGCGAUUUCAACAUCUCGUGGCCAUGAAACUGGGCAAGCUCUAUGACGAAGCCAGGGCCAAGGGCUCUGAGGGCACCGAGAGCGGCACCGUCACACAACCGGUGUUUCCUAUCCCGGAUAAUGGGAAUGAGGGUCAUCUUACUGCACUCCUUCUCGGGCUGAGCAAAGCCGUUCUUGAAGCUGACAUUUCUGGAUAUACCGGAAAGAUCAACUCCGCCUUGGGUAUAUUCAAGAGCAUAGCCGAGUCGUCCCAUUUUCGCAAGGCUGCAGCAAACUAG